CCCAGCGGAGAAACCCGUCCUUCAAGUUCCGAAUCCGGGGAGUCUAGUUUACACCAUUUAAUUCAAGCAGAGAACUAAAUAUAAGUGUUUUUGUAUUAUUUAGCCAGGCAUUGAUUGAAAUGUAUCUGUAGUGUAUUGUAUACUGUGAAAAUAUGGUUUCUCUUAAGCCUAUAGUUUAAAGACGGUUCUGCAUAGUUGUGGGAUUAAUCAAAAUCAAACUUCUCCAACAUCAAGAUAGAUCCUUAGUUUCAAACUUUAAGGUUGUUUACAAGAUACAGGAUGAUCACCUACUCUCCAGUACUCCUGACAACCAUCUGGGUUCUCCUGGUUCAAACCACUACAGGAGGUUCCCUGAGUUCUGACCUGUACCAAGAGAACCUAGAGGCUCCUCUAUUCUUGAACUCUAGUGAAACCUCUAUAGUUAGCUCUGUAGGGCAGACUAGUUAUCUCUAUUGUGGAGUCAGCAACCUUGGAGAUAGAGCGGUUUCUUGGAUACGGUCUAGAGAUCUAACAAUUCUCACAAUAGGAAUGAUUCGGUACACCAGGGACAACAGGUUCACAGCUAUACAUGCAGAGGGAAAUAAUUUCUGGGGACUAAAGAUUUUGAGUCCCCGAGUAGAAGAUUCUGGUUUAUAUGAGUGCCAGGUGUCCUAUCAUGAUGAUGUAGAGAAGAAGUUAAAACUACCCUUCACACUCACUGUUCUAGAAUCUAGAGCACGGAUACUUGGGAACCAAGAUAUCUAUAUGCGGGAAGGAAGUGCUGUAGAACUUGAAUGUGGAAUUGAGAAUAUACCUGCUCCUCCAGCCUAUAUAUACUGGUAUAAGGAGAACUCUGUAAUCAGCUACUCUGCGACCCAGGGUAUAGUUCUAAGCUUACAAAACUCCAACAAUACACUCAUCUCAAAACUAACCAUAAAGUCGGCUUCCCCAGCGGACUCUGGUAACUACACGUGUGCACCGGCCAAUGCACUUACAGACUCUGUAUUCCUAAAUGUUGUGAAAGGAGAAAAGCAGGAAGGACUCAGAGAGAGCUCAGACUCUUCUAAUCUUCAAAGGUUGGGUCCCGCCAUUCUUCUUUUUAUAUGCUUUGUGCCAAGCCUAUGGUAGACUAACGAUGUGUAUUAUAACAUCCUGAAUAAUAUAAUUUUUUUAAAUAUAUUCUUUUCUGACAGAUCACUUAAAAAGCAGAUUAGACCUUCCCCCCUCCACCUUCUAUUUAAUUGUAUGAAAGUAUUAAUAUUUGAAUGAAAAAAUGUUUUAAAAAUUUGAAUGCUUAUUGUUGUACAAAGGAAUUGAGUCUUUGC